GUAUCUCCAGUAAUCUGUAAGUUCAAAGAAAACAUUGUAAUCUCCAGGAUUCUUGUUAAUGUAGAAACCACAUUUCUGUCCAAGUUGUUUCCUGGAACCCCUUUCUGUUAUUGUUUGGAGCACAGAGGGACUGCUGGGCUGGAUGGCGUCCAGACCGACAUGGAAAUGCUCUAUCCCAAGACAGUUGUACACGUGGGCAGGAUGACUUUUGGAGAAGAGAGCAGGAAGAAGAUGGCCAGUAGCUAUCUGAAAAGAAUGGAGAAUGCGAAAAUCAUCCAAGCCACCUGUGCGCUGUUAAAUUCUGGAAGGGGUGUGAUCAAAGCAGAGAUUGAUGAUAAAACCUGCAGUUAACGAUGCCAUGGGCUGGGGCAGGACCUGGAAACUUCUUUUCAGAAGCUCCUUCCUUCAGGUUCACAGAAAUACCUUGACUACAUGCAGCAGGGGCACAAUCUCCUGAUUUUUGUAAAGUCCUGGAGCCCAGAUGUCUCCAGCCUCCCCCUAAGGAUUUGCAGCUUGUGUUCCAAUCUCUACCAGAGAGCCGUGACUUCCACUGUCAACCUGAGCGCCAGCAGUGCCUUGGAGCUUCUCAGAGAGAAGCAGUCUAGAGCCCAAAGAGGAAGAUCAAGGGUGAAGGAGUGGAGUUCUCAGAAAGUUCCUUACGGAUACAUUCAGGAAGAGGAAGAAAGGAGGGUGUCUGCCUCAGAACUGUUUCAAAAGGACAGGCUCCUGUAUAAGGAGAAACUCAAUGUUACGGAGUCAACACGUGUGGAGCUUAAAAGGUUCACCACCAGAAAGAUUGUCCCUCGGAUUAAAGAAAUGCUGCCUCAUUACGUUUCUGCGUUUGCCAACACCCUCGGGGGAUACCUAAUUAUUGGAGUAGAUGAUAAGAACAAAGAAGUGUUUGGCUGUCAGAGAGAAAAAGUGAACCCUGACUUACUAAAAAGGGAAAUAGAAAGCUGUGUAGAAAAAUUGCCAACCUUCCACUUCUGCUGUGAGAAGCCAAAGGUGCAUUUCACAACCAAAAUCUUGAAUGUGUACCAAAACGAUGUCCUGUACGGAUAUGUCUAUGUGGUUCACAUCUUCUGCUGUGUAGUAUUCACAGAGGCCCCGGAUUCCUGGAUCAUGAGGGACAAUUCUGUCACAAGGCUGACGGUGGAGCACUGGGUGGCCAUGAUGCUGGAUAUUCAGUCAGCAACUUCCAGUCUGGCCACUGACUACAGCUUUCACCUGAGUUCACCAGCUCCAUCAGCCCUAGGAAGCCCAUCAUCUCCCAAAAAAGUCCUGGAAUUUAAGAGACCUCUACAACAAUGUCUGUUUCCAGUGACACAGGAAGAGAUACAGUUUAAACCAGUAUCCCUCUGUAAGAAACUCUUCUCAGAUCAUAAAGCACUCAAGGAAUUAAUGAAGACACAGAUAUAUCCUUGUUCUCAGGGGAUUGUGAUAUUUUCUAGAAGCUGGGCCAGUGAUGUUGGCUUAAGGAAAGAGCGGGAUGUCCUGUGCGACGCUCUUCUAAUAGCAGUUAACAGUCCCCUGGUACUCUAUACUAUCUUAAUACGCCCCGGUUGGAUUGGAGGGCUUGAAUAUGGCCGAAACACUGUUCAUCAGUUAAAGCAGAAACUGGGAACCGUUGGUAGUUACAUAGGGAAAGUGUGUGCUAUCCCAAGGUUGAUGCACCUGUCCAGCACACAGUGCAGCCCCAAUGAAAUCCCUGUUCACUACCCCCAGUCCUACAGGCUUGCUGCCAAGGAUGAAAUGGAAGACUUGUUGCCAGCCUUUAUCAUAGUCUCACUGUGUUCCGGAUCUCUUCUGAGUGACCAGCUGGGCUGUGAAUUUUUCAACUUGCUCAUAGAGGAGCAAUGUGAGUUGCUUUCAGAAAGCCUUCAGGAGCCGUGAGAAUUGUUUAUCCACUGCCUUCCAGGAACCAGGAAGACAGCCCUAGCCAUAAAGAUCUUGGAGAAAAUUAAGCAUUUGUUGCACUGCAAACCAAAAGAGAUCCUUUAUGUUUGUGAAAGUGACUCUUUAAAGGAUUAUGUGAUGUAAGAGGGCCACUGACUCAACAUGAUAAACAUAUUUAGUCAGUCUUUUCGACAGUAUCUCAAGAGUAAUCUGCGUUUCUAGUUUAAGAUGUUGUGAGGCCUUAGCUGCAUAAAUGUGAGAGCCCAAACCCUAUACACAUCUCCAAAUGAUCAGGUAGUUGAGCUACAAAUGGGUACUAUGUAAUGCUCAGGUUUAAACAUCUCAUUACAAAUUAGUCAACUAUAUAUCACUUUAAAUUUCUUUAACUAGAAACAUUUUUUUCCCUACAAUCUCUGGCCUUAACUUUAAGAAAAGUGGAAAUAAGCCUGUUUUGUUUUAAAUAUACAUUUUGCUUGAUAUUUAAGGCUUCAAAGUCAUAGAGUAUUUCAGUUAAUUAGACAUUAUACCUAACAGGAACUUGAAUUUAAAUACCCAUUUCAUUUUGUUUAUAAACUGUUUUCAUUUGUUUGACUUAUUCUGAAUCGACAAUUGCAGAAAACAUGCAAAUUUGCCUCUGAUUUAAGUCUUUACCUUUCAGUGUAGUAAAAAAAAAAAAAAAAUUCGUUGUUAUACAAUCUAGCAAAUGAGGGCAAACUCACUUUAAUUUUUGGUUUGGUUUACUUAUGUACCCAAUAAAUCUUUUGGGGCCCCACUUAUAUGCUAGGAAUGUGUACAUUUAGUGUUACCAGGGAAAAACAUAUUGAAGAUGGGGCCCUAAAGAUCCAAUAAGGGAGAUAAGAAAAAAAUAAGCAAAUUGAAUGUUGCAUAAUUAAUAUGAUAAUAAGGAUAUGCUUAUUUUAACUUAGGUUGGAGGUUGGCCAGCAAAUAGUCCUGGGUGAAGGAUCCUUUGGCACACUCUUAAGAAGUCAGUAGGAGAAGUGGAGGGCUUUUUAGGCAAAGGGCACACAGCAAGUGCAAAAGCACAUGAGAGAAUCAGAAUGGUAGGUCUUACUGGAGUAGGGAGGGAGUAGAGGUAUGUAGCAGGUGAUGAAGUUAGAAAGGAAGUAGAUUCCGAAUUAUGGAGGAUCUUGUAAACUGUGCUAAGGGCUAUGCUGUAUGGGUAAGAUUAAAAAUAUCCCAGUCAAAAAGCAAAUUCAACAAGCUAUUUAUUGAACCCCUAAUAUGAGGGGGCUAAGAAUCGGUGCUUUACUUCAAGAAGUCUACACAGUCGAAACAGGUACAGAAGAA